CAGAACGCGUCCACCGAGACGCCACUGGUUCUCGGCGUCCUUCACACAUACACACACACCGGGUCUUUCUUGCCGCCAAACAGCUGUUGAAAGUAUAGCAGCCUUUUUAGUUAUUUUGAUUGGGUUCAAUUUUCUGAGACUGUAUUGAAUAUCAGAUUGGAUACCCACAGAGACGGGCUGCUAUCGCGCUGUGAGAAGGCAUCAACGAACUGAAGAUGGGAACCAACGUGCUCUGAAUACAGACACAGACUAUUAACGUCCUACUGUAGCCUUGCUCACCGCUCCCUUAGGACAAAACACAUCCAAUCGAUCAGAGGACUUGCUUGUUAGGCUAUGUUUGUUUUAUAAUUCAACCAGGAAAACGUUUUCAGUUUUUACAAGUUAUUUUAUCGGGAUAAUUUACCUGUUCUCUUUGGAACCAUCUCCGCUUUAUUCCAGAGGAUAAAUUGGCCACCCGCUGUCGGAUCUCUCCAAAGCCACAGAAAAGAAGCAGUAGCCUACACUCGUCCCUGUAGACGAGAGGUUUCUCUUGCUUUGACAUGCUGUAGUGGUUUUGACUGUACUUAUGGCUUCGCUAUAUCAGAGAUUCGCCGGUAAGAUUAAUACGAAGAAUUCUUUCCCACACCCACCUGAGGCCAGCCACCUACUCGGCGGACAGGUAGCGGACGAGGAGAACAACACACGGAAGACACCGCAGCCCGUGGCCGACGGCAGACCCCAUGUUCCCCACCGAAAGAAAAAUGCGAGCGAGGACGAGCGUGACCUGGUGGGCAGUGCCCCUCCACAGAGGAACUGGAAGGGGAUAGUCAUCGCCCUGCUGGUCAUCUGCAUCAUCUUGUCUCUGAUCGUCACCUCUGUCAUCCUGCUCACCCCAAUUGCAGAUGAUAGCCUUGCCCUCAAGAAGAAAGUCACCAUUGAGGACGUCUUCGGAGGAGAUCUUCACGUGCACGACCCCGCCGCUACAUGGCUCAGUGACAAUGUACUGCUGUAUCGAACACGAGAAGGGGACGUGGUCAAACUCAACAUCGAAACACAGGAGAGGGUCAUUUUGGUGGAGAACAGGAAGUUUGAAAUGUUCAAAGCCACCAAGUACCACAUAUCUCCAGACCUGGAACAUGUGUUGUUGGCCUACAACGUGGCCCCAGUCUACCAGCACUCCUACAUGGCCUUCUACAUCAUCUGUAGUCUCAUCACCCCGGAGACAUGGAGUCUGAAUCCUCCUGAGGUACGGAACGCCCCGCUGCAGUAUGCUGGAUGGGGACCUAAGGGCCAACAGCUGAUCUUUAUCUUUGAGAACAACAUCUACUACAGAGCAACGGUGGAGAGCAGGACCAUUCGCCUGGUGUCCACAGGGAAGGAGGGAGUCAUCUUCAAUGGCCUGAGUGACUGGCUGUAUGAGGAGGAGAUCCUUCAGACCCACAUAGCCCAUUGGUGGUCUCCAGAUGGUCUCAGACUGUCCUACGCCACCAUCAACGACACCCUGGUGCCCAAGAUGGAGGUCCCUAUUUUCACUGGCACCCCAUAUCCAAUAGGGCUGGAGUACCAUUACCCCAAGGCUGGGGAGGAGAACCCUGUAGUACACCUGUCUGUAGUGAGUUUGAAUGGCCCCCUUCACACGGUGGAGAUGAAGAAACCAGACGACCCCAGGAUAGGAAUGGAAUAUUACAUCACAAUGGUUAUGUGGGCCACCACCACCAAGCUGGCAGUCAACUGGCUGAACAGAGCCCAGAACAACUCCAUAUUGACACUGUGUGAGGCCACCACAGGAGUCUGCACUAAGAAACAUGAGGAUGAAAGUGAUAGCUGGCUACACAAACAGAACGAAGCGCCACUCUUCUCCCAUGAUGGAUACAAGUUCUUCUUUACCAGAGCUAUACCUCAGGGUGGGAGGGGCAAGUUCUUCCAUAUCUCCAUGUCAACCUCCCAGCCCAACACCAGCACAGACACUCUGCAGUGCCUGACAUCAGGAGACUGGGACGUUACUCAGAUACUAGCUUACAGCCAAGACAAGCAGCUCAUAUACUUUUUGAGCACAGAGGAUGAUCCAAAACGACGACACCUCUACAGUGCGGACACUAAAGGCCCGUUCAACCGCCGCUGUCUGUCAUGUGAGUUCAAGUGUGGCUAUGUGGAGGGCUCCUUCAGCCACAACAUUCAGUACUUCCUGCUUAACUGUAAAGGCCCCGAUGUACCCAGUGUUGCCAUCUACAGCACAAAAGACAGACAGAAGGUCCUGGACCUGGAGACUAAUGAGGGAGUGAAUAACACGUACCACAGCAUGCAGAUGCCCAAAGUGGAGUACGAGACCAUCACCAUUGACGAUUACACUCUGACAAUGCAGAUUCUGAAGCCAGCUGGUUUCAUAGACACAGCUCACUACCCCCUCUUGCUACUAGUGGACGGAACGCCUGGCGGACAGAUGGUGACAGAGCAGUUCCGUGUGGACUGGGCCACGGUGCUGGUGAGCAGUUAUAGCACCAUUGUGAUCCGCUUUGACGGCCACGGGUCCGGGUUCCAGGGCACCAACCUCCUCCACCGCAUCAGGAGGAAACUGGGCGUGAUAGAGGAGAGGGACCAGAUGGAGGCCCUCAGACUGAUAUCGAAAGAAAUGUACAUCGACAAAAGUCGAAUUGGAGUAUAUGGAAAGGUUUAUGGAGGAUAUUUAGCCACCCUGCUUUUAAGUUCUGAAGACUCGCUGCUUAAAUGUGGAGCAGCCGUCUCGCCCAUCACCGAUUUCAAGUUAUAUGCUUCAGCUUUUUCGGAGAGAUACCUUGGAUCACCAAAGACAGACUCUCGAGUCUACUCGGUGGCAAGUUUAGCACACCGGGCAGCUCACCUAAUGGACAGGAAGUACAUGAUCAUCCAUCCAACUGCUGAUGAGAAAGUCCAUUUCCAGCACUCUGCAAAAUUCAUCAACCAUUUAAUCAAUGAGAAGGCAAAUUACUCUCUACAGAUCUACCCAGAUGAGGGACACUUCCUGCAUAGCGAUGGCACACGGCAACACCUGAGCCAAUCACUAGUUAACUUCUUUGAGGAGUGUUUCCGACUGCCGGACUUACCAAGUGACGAGAAGAAGGACAAGGAGGAUGAGGGAGAUGUUUAAACCAGCUGACACGUGGUUAACACUCCAGCUACCACAGCACAAUAUGCAACAAAUCCUUCUCAACUCAUUACCCCCACCCCUAGCCUGGCCCAGAUCGGUUUGUGCUGUCUUGCCAACUCUGAUGGUCAGCUGUGACAAUGCUCAUUUAGUGGUGGCAUUGACAUGCCAGAUCUAUGAGCAGGCCAACCUACACCACCCUCUGUAUAAUUUGGGCUCCUCUUUAGAGCACAGUACCUGCAUGUACCAAGGACCUCACACCUCACUCUUUAUUCUUCAUCACUUUUGGUUGGCUGACAACUGGACUGGCCAGCAAGACAUCUCCAUCGUGGAUGUUGUUGACUUUGGUAAAAAAAAAAAAAAAAAAAGUCUUAGCAGUGAACAAAUAAUCUGGUCACUGAAGAGCCCUCUAGUAACCCCCCUUGUGGACAGCUAAAGUAGUGAACCACCACUCCAACCGGGAUGCAUUUCCUCUCCCACCACACACACACACGUAAAUCUAUAGUGGGCAAUGAAAAUCAAGGGUCAUUUUCAUUGCAGUAAAUAUGGAAGAGCUACCGGUUGUUGACUCCAGCAGAGUUUGUGUCCAUGAUUCUGAUGUUAAAACAGCAGCACACAGAACAAUGUAUUUCUCUUAAUUGCUGUUUGUAAUGUUCAAUAUGUCCUUCAGUAAGUAAUGUGGCUUUGAGUUAAUGUAUGGUGGUCACAUCGGCCCAUGAUUUCCUUUCCAAAUGACUGAGGAUACAAUGUUAAAGACAUUUGGAGUGGUUGCUCUAGUGUUAUGGAAGGGCACAAUUCAAUCCGUAGCGCUGAAGAUCUGUGCUAUAGUGCAAUUGAAAUGUAAAGGUAACUUCUGAAUGUGGGAACAUUGCUUUAAAAUUUGUAGUGCAGGUUCUUCAGUGCUACUGAUUGAGUCGAGCGCUUAGUCACUGUGCCUUACUACAGGGGGUAAACAUAUUCAUGUCAAGGACUGUAACAUUUCAUUUUUCAUCUAAGAAAGAUUUGUACAUUGGACAUAAUUUACUUAAGUUGAAUCAUUGCUCAGACUAGUCCAUAUGGUUGAAAAUGUACUGCAAUUUUAUAACUCCCAUUAUAAAAGUGUACUAUUAUUCUUGUAUAAUAGACAAACAUGAGAGUUCUGGCUGUUGUAACUACAUCAAAAGGUUCAUGAGGCAUAUUCAGUGUAGGUUUUAGAAUGUUUUUUUGUUGGUGAGUUAAUGUUUGGUUCUCUGUCAGCUCAUUUAAAUGAAGUGUUCAGUGGCUUGACACUGACCCCAUGACCUCACUUCUGUUAGUAGUCAGUGAAAGUUGUCAGCUGUUUUACAAAAUGUUGAAAAGUCUAACUAGAACUGUGUGUGUGUGACUUGUACAUAAAGCAUUUUCAAAUUUA